GUGUGUGUGUGUGUGUGUGUGUGUAUCUUCGUGUGUGUGUGUGUGUGUGUGUGUGUGUGUGUGUGUGUGUGUGUGUGUGUGUGUGUGUGUGUGUGUGUGUGUGUAGUUGAACUCUUCCUGGUUCAGUCUGUUGUUAUCUCAGGCUUCACUUGGAUUCUUCUCCCGGUUGUUUUUCUCCGGUGUCUCGGUCAUGACGUCAGUAAACUAACAGCUGGACGUUAAACCGGCCGGAAGGAGAAACUUGUUGUUAGCAGCAACUCUGAAGUUAGCCGACUGCUAGCUGUAGGAGCCCUGUCGUUAACAGGAUGUUUGCGUCCUGCUGCGGCUGGUUGUGUGAGGACUCGGCUGAUGAGUCUGAGGUGGUGGAGCGAGGUCAUCAGUCCUACACGAACUCGGCCUUCAGCAGUCAGCCGUCUCCUCCUCCUCAUGAACACACCUGUAAGGCCUGCGGGGGGCGCUUUGACACACCAGCCAAGAAGCAUGUGUGUGUGGACUGUAAGAAGAACUACUGCAGCCGCUGCUCCGCCCAGCUGGAGCCCCGGCCCCGCCUCUGUCACACCUGCCAGCGUUUCUACGGCAACCUGCUGGAACGGGCAGGGCUUAUGAAGCUAAAAGUGAAGGAGCUCAGGGACUACCUGCACCUGCACGAGGUCUCCACCCACCUGUGCAGAGAGAAGGAGGAGCUGGUGGAGCUGGUCCUCAGUCAGCAGUCUUCACCCUCCAGCGAGUCCACCCCUGACAUCCCCGACACCCACCCUCCCGCUGUGACUCCUGAACCCACCAACCUGACCCCUGACAUCUCCACCUCGACUCCGGACCCCCCUACACCAACACCCAAUCCUAACCCCCCUACUGCACAACCUGAUGCCCCACCCACAGAGACGGCUCCUGCUGAUGCAGACAUUGAAGACGAAGACCAGAUCUGGGACCCCGAGGAGCCCCCGGUUUCAGGGCGCAGGGCGUCUCUGUCAGACCUGAGCUGUCUGGAAGACAUCGAGGCUCUCAGCGUCCGACAGCUGAAGGAAAUCCUCGCCAGGAACUUUGUCAACUACAAAGGCUGCUGUGAGAAGUGGGAGCUGAUGGAGAGAGUCAGGAGGCUGUACCAGGACCAGCAGAACCUGCUAGCUGCCAACGUGGCGAACGCUUCAGAGUCGGGUGAAGGGACAGCAGCGUCGGGUCUGGAGGAGAACCUCUGUAAGAUCUGCAUGGACUCUCCCAUCGACUGCGUCCUGCUGGAGUGUGGUCACAUGAUCACCUGCACCAAGUGCGGCAAGAGGAUGAGCGAGUGUCCGAUCUGCCGUCAGUACGUCGUCCGAGCCGUCCACGUCUUCCGCUCCUGACGCUCCAGGACCGACUCUCUCCCACCAAUAAAUGGAAAUCCUCGUGAAGGGACCUUCUACAGCAACUCAACAUGUUUAUAUUUUGUUUAGUGUGAAGAAUAUAAGAAGUGACCUUAGUGACCUUCAGAGCUGCUGUCUGACCUUCAG